GAAGCUGAUAUAAUAUUUAACCAAUAAUUUCGACAGGCGACGCAAUAUAUUUGUCUGGAGUUUUUGAUGGAGUUUUAUGCUGGACCGACAACUUUCUUCCAUAUUGUAUGAGCAACGUCCAGAUUAUUAAAAACCUGACGAUGGCCUUGCAGGGUAUGGUGAAGAUAGUUAGCUUUACUUUUACUGUAUGUAUGGCAGUUAUGAUGGGUGCUGCGAAACCCGCCAUUCGUAACGAUGGGGUACCAGUUACUUCUCUCAACUCGACAGGUCCACUGUUAACUGGAAUCAUCUCCAACGGUGUGGAGGCGGGCAAAGCUCCAAGCAAUACGACGGAUAUGACAGUCAAUUGCACGAACACGAAGAGUGUUGGAGAAGCAUUUAGUUGUUUCCUGGAGGGAUAUUUUGAGUCAAUUUUCGUCGGAGUCGGGUUCAUCAUCCUGCUACUGGCACUGUUUGUUCUCUUGAAGAAAAUAUAUACCAAGACUUAUAGAAAUGAACGGAAAACUGCUGAAGUAAAUACCUACGAGAAUAAGAAGAUGAUUCCACAUCAUGAUAUCAAAGGUUGAUCAUAGGUAUAUGUUCAAUAUAAUGUAGGUAGGGCAAGGUACAUACCUUGACUGUUGUUUAUACAGUAAUGAUAGUUCAACAGAUGUGAUGUAUAUACUGUAAUGAUAGUUCAACUGAUGUGAUGUUUAAUGUACAUACCAUGAAUGUUGUUUACACAGUAAUGAU